AAUCAAUGCAUCUCGUCCCCAGGGAUUGUUGCCUAUGUCAAAGCCGCUUGCGCUCACUUGACGGCUAAACAAGUUUUUUCGCCGCCAGUCCCGAUGCUAAAAAGUCAAAAGCCUUUGGGAACGAGGUUGCAUUCAAUGAGCGAAACUGCACGCUCGGAUUAGUCCUGUUUUCACGCGUUGCUUGUUGUGCAGUUGCAUAACUAAGUACUUUAACCAUUUUACCGAUGAUAAGGAAGUUGUCAUUUUGAAUGUAUUUUUUGUCAGCUAAUAAUGAAUUACAUUCAUGUGUACAUCAAUAUUUCGAUGCAAACAAAAAUCUUUAAGCGUUGUUUAAAGAAACAGUGUGAUUUCUUUUUAAAUUAGAUUGAUGUAAUCGGAUAAUCCAGAUAUCAUAAUUUAGCCUUAAGACGAUUUAACUGUUUUUAUUUCAUCUGUUUGCGCUGUUGAUACCUUCUUUUUAAAUCAUAGUAUCUUAACUCGACGACAUGUAGCUGACAUUAGGGUGAGAGACAAAUAAACCAAGGAAAAUAUCGUUCCAGUUUAAACAGAAGUUAAACAGAUAUUAGAUAUUGGCUUUAGGUUCAUAUGUGAGUUAUUUGAAAAGUGACUAUAACGGAGUCUGUUUGAGAAAGUCGAACACUUAUGUAUUCUUUCCUAGUUUAACGUCCCUUUCCUUAAUUUAACGUCUUCUUCCCUGAUUUAACGUCUUCUUCCCUGAUUUAACGUCUUCUUCCCUAAUUUAACGUCUUCUUCCCUGAUUUAACGUCUUCUUCCCUAAUUUAACGUCUUCUUUCCUGAUUUAACGUCUUCUUUCCUGAUUUAACGUCUUCUUCCCUGGUUUAACGUCUUCUUCCCUGAUUUAACGUCUUCUUCCCUAAUUUAACGUCUUUUUCCCUAAUUUAACGUCUUCUUCCCUGAUUUAACGUCUUCUUUCCUGAUUUAACGUCUUCUUCCCUGAGUUAACGUCUUCUUCCCUAAUUUAACGUCUUCUUCCCUAAUUUAACGUCUUCUUCCCUGAUUUAACGUCUUCUUCCCUAAUUUAACGUCUUUUUCCCUGAUUUAACAUUUUCUUUCCCUGAUUUAACGUCUUCUUUCCUGAUUUAACGUCUUCUUCCCUGAUUUAACGUUUCCUUCCCUGAUUUAGCGUCUUCUCUCCUUGAUUUAACGUCUUCUUUCCUGGUUUAACGUCUCCUUCCCUGAUUUAACGUCUUCUUUCCUGAUUUAACGUCUUCUUCCCUGAUUUAACGUCUUCUUCCCUGGUUUGAAGUACCCUUCUCUUGUUUAUUUUUUGUGAGAAUAGGAAUGACAAAUACGUACGAAUUACGUAUGCGUUUAUAGGGUCUUUCCUUCUUAACAUUGUUUAGAUGGGAAAACAUGUUUAUGUUAUAUGUUUAGUAAAAUAUGUUCGGUGAAAUAUGUUUGGCAAAAUUUAUUUGUUUGGAUACUGGUAAUCAAAAAAAAAAAGUCUGUCAUCUUUGAAUACAGUUUUUUCAAAUUUUCCGUUUAUGCGCCCGUUUAGCAAUUGGUGAUGAACAUAGAUACAGGCUUAAAUGAAUUAUCAAGUCAAAAGCUAUGGAGAGCUGUGUUUGCUGAAUAUCUCGGAUGCAUGUUUUUUCUGCUUUGCGUGACAAAUAUGGUUACUAUUGGUAACUAUGUUGGUAUUGCAUUGGGAGUUGGAUUAGCUAUCGCCUCGCUUGCCCAAGCAUUUGGUCAUGUUAGUGGAGGACAUUUAAAUCCUGCUGUGUCACUUGGUAUGAUUGUUGGAGGGAGAAUCUCCAUCAUAAAAGGCUUACUUUAUAUCGUGGCGCAAUGUGCUGGAGCUGUUGCCGGCUCAGCAUUAACGUACGGUCUUAUGUCAGUUGAACUUGAGCAGAAAAUUGGUGUUACCAGGGUAAACAAAGAUAUAACUUCAGGACAAGCUUUUGGAUUGGAACUCCUGUUUACAUUUCUACUCGUAUUUUUUGUGUUCUCCAUCACUGAUGAGAAAAAGAAAGUUGAACCUUAUGGAAUCACUCUUGGUAUUGGUAUUGUCGUUACGGUAGCACAUUUUGCUUUGAUUCCCUACACCGGAAGUUCAAUUAAUCCAGCUCGAUCAUUCGGACCAGCGCUUAUAUUAAAUGACUGGAAAGACCAUUGGGUAUACUGGGUUGGACCAAUGGUUGGAGGAGCAGUUGCACCUCUUGUUUACGACAACUUUCUUUACGUUGAUGAUGAAAAAAAUAAUGACAGUAAUGAUAUUACAGAGCUGAAACCUUUACGAGAAGAUGUGUCUGCAUGAAGGAAGAAAAAGAAGCAGAAAUUAAAUUAUUCCAAAAAUAAUAGUUGCACUAGUUUCAUCACCUUUGUCCUUAGGGUUUUUUGCGUUUUUAAAAUAGGAGAAGACGUCUCUCAUAUCAAAACAGCAAAAAACCCUGGAGACGAGGGUGCUAGUUUUAUGUCACGGCAAUAGGUCUGAUUUUUUAAACUAAUUGUAGAUAUGUACACCCUCGUCCCCAGGUUUUUUUGGCUUUUUAAUAUAAGAGAGGCACAAGGCAAAACAAUUUUGGGACGAGGGUGUAGAUAUGCAUAAAUGUGUAGAAAUGAUAAUAAAAUUUCAAUGAACUGUUUACAAA